AGUUCUACCGAUUAUACUUGCAACAUGACUGGACGUGGAAAGGGAGGAAAGGGAUUGGGAAAAGGAGGAGCCAAGCGCCAUCGUAAAGUUCUUCGUGACAACAUCCAAGGUAUCACCAAGCCAGCUAUCCGUCGUUUGGCUCGUCGUGGUGGUGUCAAGCGUAUAUCUGGAUUGAUCUACGAAGAGACCCGUGGUGUUCUCAAAGUUUUCCUUGAAAACGUCAUCCGUGACGCUGUCACUUACACCGAACACGCCAAGAGGAAGACCGUUACUGCUAUGGACGUUGUCUACGCUCUGAAACGUCAAGGUCGCACUCUCUACGGCUUUGGCGGUUAAAUACCUUACUGCGACUAGCAUCGAUACACAAACGGCCCUUCUUAGGGCCAAAAAAUUUUUUUAACGAGAACACGAUGUUUACAUAUUUAUACUAAUAACGCUACUUUCACAGAUGUAAGAGAUGAGUAAUAAUUUAGAUAUGCAGUCAUCGACCCUUACAGAAGCAUCUUCAGCUAGAAACUUAUUUUACCAUGUGCAAGGUAGGAGAAAUCAAUUUAUGAUGAAAAUGAGACUUGAACGCGCAAUAAAAUAUAAUUACGAAAACAAUAUGA